AUGCCUGUUUUAGAUCAAUCAUAUGUUACUAAUGGUUCAUGGAAACCAGAUUUAUUUAAAGGUAAAGUUGUAUUUAUUACUGGUGGUGCUGGUUCUAUAUGUUCCGUUCAAGCUGAGGCAUUAGUUUUAUUAGGUGCUGAUGCUGCAAUUGUUGGUAGAAGUAAAGAAAAAACUGAUAAAGCUGCUAAAGAUAUUGCAACUUUAAGAUCUGGAGCCAAAGUUUUAUCAUUACCUGAAAUUGAUGUUAGAAGUGUCCAAUCUUUAAAAAAAGCAGUUGAUAAAACUGUUGAAGAAUUAGGUAGAAUUGAUUUUGUUAUUGCUGGUGCUGCUGGUAAUUUCUUAGCUGAUUUUAAUCAUUUAUCAUCAAAUGCUUUUAAAUCAGUUGUUGAUAUUGAUUUAUUAGGUUCUUUUAAUACUGUUAAAGCAUGUUUUGAACAAUUGAGAAAAAAUAAAGGAUCAAUUAUAUUUGUUAGUGCUACAUUACAUUAUUAUGGUGUUCCAUUCCAAAUUCAUGUUGGAGCUGCAAAAGCAGGUGUUGAUGCUUUAUCAAAUGCAUUAGCUAUUGAAUUAGGUCCAUUAGGAAUUAGAUCAAAUUGUAUUGCCCCAGGUCCAAUUGCUGAAACCGAAGGUAUGGAUAGAUUAAGUAGAGGUAAAUUGGAUGAAAUUAAACAUAAAGUUCCAUUACAAAGAUUAGGAACUAAACAAGAUAUAGCUGAUGCAACAGUUUAUUUAUUUUCACCAGCUGGUUCGUAUGUUACUGGUGAUGUUUUAGUUGUCGAUGGUGGUAGCUGGCAAGUCAGUCAAGGAGUGGGAGCAGCAGAUUAUCCAGUAUCAAUUGUUAAAUACUUAAAUGCUCCAAAAGGUGGUAAAUUAUAA